AUGUUGGCUAAAUUUCAACGGAAAGCACUUCUAGUGCUUUCUUUAUUGGCAGUUAGUGGACAGGCUGCCGAAGUCAGCCGACUACAAUCCCGUGCAUCAUCCUUUGACUACAAGAAUGAAAAGGUCCGCGGGGUUAACCUCGGUGGUUGGCUUGUGCUGGAACCCUGGAUUACACCUUCAAUCUUCGAGGGUGCUGGUGACGGUGCUGUCGAUGAAUGGACGUUGACCGAAAUUCUGGGUAAGAAUGAAGCGAAAGCUCGUCUUUCUCAGCACUGGAGCUCUUUCAUCACGCAAGGCGAUUUUUCCCGCAUGGCUGCGGCAGGCCUGAACCAUGUCCGAAUUCCCGUCGGAUAUUGGGCUACCUCCCCCAAUGAGGGAGAGCCGUAUGUCGAUGGUCAGCUAGAGUUCCUUGACAAUGCCAUCGAUUGGGCAAGAGAUACUGGCCUCAAGGUCAUAGUUGAUUUGCAUGGUGCACCCGGCUCUCAAAACGGGUUUGACAACAGUGGACGUAAAGGCCCCAUCGAAUGGCUUCAGGGUGAUACUGUUCAACGGACACUUCAGGCUAUUGACAUUCUAGCUGAACGCUAUGCCUCACAGGAUGAUGUUGUGGCCGGUAUUGAAGCUCUCAAUGAGCCGAAUGUUCCUGCUGGCGUGGACGUGAAUGGACUAAGGGAUUACUAUGAUGACGUUUUUGAUACCGUCCGUGGACACAACCCAAAUACCGCAGUGGUUUUUGGUGACGGUUUCCUGCCUGUAACAAGUUGGAAUGACUUUAGUGUGGGCGAUGGAAAUAUUGUGAUGGACUCCCAUCACUAUCAUAUGUUCGAUAAUGGACUCAUUGGUCAGGAUAUCAAUGGCCACGUUGGCAGCGUCUGUGGGUAUGCCAAAGAACUUGAAGCCUCCAACAAAGCUGUGGUUGUGGGAGAGUGGACCGGUGCCAUGACGGAUUGUGCCAAGUACCUCAAUGGAAGAGGCGUCAGCGCUCGCUACGACGGUACUUUCGCCUCCAGUGCUAAAUUUGGUGACUGCUCGGCCAUGCGUGGAGGGUCCGUGUCGAAUCUUCCUGAAGAAGAUCGAGCGAGUAUGCGUCGUUUUAUUGAAGCCCAGCUAAAUGCCUAUGAACUCAAGUCUGGUUGGUUAUUCUGGACCUGGAAGACUGAAGGCGCCCCUGGAUGGGAUAUGGAAGAUUUGCUUGCCAACGGCGUAUUCCCUGAGCCUUCCACCGAUAGAAGAUACCCGGCUCAAUGUGCUUAG